AUGCACGUACUACUGAGUAAAAAAAUCGCACGGUUUUUGUUAAUUUCGUUUGUUUUCGUGCUUGCACUAAUGCUGACAUUAAAUCAUCCGACAACAAAGCAGAUAUCUGAACAGUAUUUUACACCAUAUCUUCCGAAAUCUCUGCAACCUAUUGCGAAAAUUAGUGCGGAGGAACAGAGGCGUAUACAACAGGAACAGGAAGAAGCCGAGUUGAAGCAAUCUUUAGAAGAAACAGCCAUUAGAAAUGCCACCAACAAUGCUAUUAAGGAAAAGAUCAAAUCCUAUGGUGGUAACGAAACGACGCUAGGGUUCAUGGUACCAUCGUAUAUCAAUCAUAGAGGGUCGCCACCAAGGGCAUGCUUUGUCUCACUAAUCACUGAAAAGGACUCCAUGACCCAAAUCUUACAAUCCAUUGAUGAAGUGCAGGCAAAAUUUAACAAAAAUUUUGCGUACCCUUGGGUUUUUAUCAGUCAGGGAGAACUUGACGAAAUGAAAAAGGAAAUGAUUUAUCAAGCCAUGACUGAUUCCAUGAAUGGUGAUUCUGAAUUAAUCGAUAUUACGUUUACUGAAGUUCCUGCGGACGAAUGGGUAUACCCUGAGUGGGUUGAUGAAAAUAGAGCAGCAGAUUCACUAAUUGCACUAGCAAAUAUACCGGAUGGUGAUUCUAGAGCUGCAAGAUAUCAAGCAAGAUAUUUUGCAGGGUUCUUUUGGAGACAUCCAGCUCUGAAUGAGUUUGACUGGUAUUGGAGAGUAGACCCUGGUAUUAAAUUGUACUGUGAUAUCGAUUAUGACCUCUUUAGGUGGAUGCAAGACGAAGGGAAAGUAUUCGGUUUCACAUUGAGUAUGAGUGAAGCUAAGGAAGCCAAUGAAAAGAUUUGGGACGUUACGAAAAAAUUUGCAAAAGAUUUUCCGAAGUUUAUAUCUGAAAAUAAUUUCAAGUCAUUUAUUACAAAAAAAGACUCUGAAGAUUUCAACAAUUGUGAAUUCAAAUCAAAUUUUGAAAUCGGUAAUUUGAACUUUUAUAGAUCGCCAGCUUACAGGAAAUUUUUUGAGUAUAUCGACAAUGAGGGUGGUAUUUUCUACUGGAAAUGGACUGAUUCCAUGAUCCACACAAUUGGGUUAUCGAUGUUGUUGCCAAAGGAUAAGGUACAUUUUUUCGAAAAUAUAGGAUUCCAUUAUGACCUGUACAAUAGCUGUCCCCUAAACGACGACAUAUGGAACCAAUAUAAUUGUGAUUGUGACCAAGGUAAUGAUUUCACGUUCAGAAGUGGUUCAUGUGGUGGACAUUACUUCGACAUUAUGAAGAAAGAUAAGCCAGAAGGUUGGGACAGGUUACCAUAA